CAAUUAGAUCUAGGCAGGGAUGUGAUUGCAGGGAUGCAGGAAGGGCUGUUGGUGGGGAUUCAGACAGGAGCAGCCCUCCUGGGGUGCCGCUGUGUCCCACCACUUUUCUCCGCGCGUCCCCAAGGGACCCACCCGCCCCUAACAGCCCCAUUUCGGCAAUACGGCCUCCGCAGCCCCGGUACCAACACGCUGCCUCUCCAUCCCCGCGGUGCUCACGUUCCAGCGGAGCCAAAUCCCCCGGGAGCUGCGGAGGGGGGAGGACGCUCUCAUUAUCCGGCUCUUGCCGUGUCGGAGGCAGCUGGACCGGCCGUGCAUUAAUAGAUUACACAGAGGAUUUGGGCUCGCUGACAGCAGCGAGGGCAGCGCUAGCAGGAGGCGAGGCCAGCCCGGCUUGCUGAGCCGCGGGGACAGACGCAGCCCCGCGCCCUCUGCCACCUUUUCCAGCCGAGCCUCCACCGAGCACCAGCGCCAUGGAUGAGUGGGACCUGCCCCAGUGGAAGAAGGAGGUGGAGAGCCUGAAGUACCAGCUGGCCUACAAGCGGGAGAUGUCCUCCAAAACGAUACCUGAGUUUGUGAAGUGGAUAGAGGAUGGCAUCCCUGAAGACCCCUUCCUGAACCCGGAGCUGAUGAAGAACAACCCCUGGGUGGAGAAAGGGAAGUGCAGCAUCCUCUGAGGGAAGGUGCUGUGCAUUAACAUUGAAUGUACACUUUUUUAUUAGCUAGCUUCCUAAUAUGACUAACUGAAACACCCGACCCUCAUCUCGUCUUAUUAUUUUAGUAGUAGAAGUGUUUGGUUUCAUAGGGGGCAGCUGGGGAGGCAUACGUGGGGUGAAUGCAUUGGAGAUGGCAACAGCAAAGGUUCCCUGGAGCAGGGGGGGCUGCCCCUUGUCCUACCCCUUCUGUACCCAUGAGCAAGUGCUGUACUCAUAAAGGGAGAAAACUUUUAUACAACGUUCUCAGUGCUUUUCACUACUCUUUUUGUAUACUGUAGGCUCUAAGCUUUUUGCAGCACAGCAGGCACAAUAUAACAACAAGGGGUUUAUAAAUGAAAUAAACAUGACAUAUUGCUCUG